CAGGGAGCUAGACAGAACUACCUUUCCCGUGAACGCCCAUGGACGGAGGGAGGAAAGGGAAGGGAGAAAGAAAAACAGACACACGUAGAUCCAGAGCGAGCCCAGCGGGGCAGGUUGUUACGGGUAUCGCUGGGCUGCAGCGGCCGGAUAGAAAACAGCUGAAAAGUCUUGCACAUGACCAGAGCGGGAAGCGGAGCGAGCCACGCGCUGCCUUGGCCGGGGGCAAGCUGGAGUUUUGAGCCUUGUCCAGCCAGGCGUUGCGGGCUCUGCUCUCGGCUCCUUUUUUGUACGGAAAGGAGGUGGGAGGAGAAAGACUAGUGGCUAGCCGGACUUCGGGAAUGCGGAGCGGGCGUUUUGGUGCUCCUUCCCACCGGCGUUGAAGCAGAGCCUCGGAGCAGCCUGUGCGGCUGUAAGCCGGCGACUGAACUGCACUGCUUGGCCCUCGGGGCCCCCGCCUGGGUCGCCCGGACAAAAGGGAAGACGGAGGCGGCGGCGUCGCGGCAGCAACGCCGCCCUGCCGAGUUACUUUACUUUCGAGGCAGCGGCCGUGCGGGAUGAACGGCUUCGGUCCCGAGGAAGUCACCCGCGGUGGAGGGGAAGCCGCCGCCGUCCCCGCCGUGGUGGCCAACGCAGCGGCGGCCGUCGAAGUCCUGCCGCCUCCUCCUCCGCUGCCUCAGCCGCCGGCCGGGCUGGGCACUGCCUCUGCGGCUGCAACAGACGCAGGCCCGGCGGGACCCCCCGGGGCGGCGGCUGCGGCGGCUGCUGCUGGCGGCCCCGGCGCGGGCCAGCUGUGCUGCCUGCGCGAGGAAGGCGAGAGGUGCAGCCGGGCGGCGGGGAACGCCAGCUUCAGCAAAAGGAUCCAGAAGAGCAUCUCGCAGAAGAAAGUGAAGAUCGAGCUGGACAAGAGCGCAAGGCAUCUGUAUAUUUGUGACUUUCACAAAAACUUAAUCCAAAGUGUCCGAAACAGAAGAAAGAGAAAAGGCAGUGAUGAUGAUGGGGACUCGCCUGUGCAAGAUGUUGAUACUCCAGAGGUUGACCUGUAUCAGUUGCAAGUAAACACACUAAGAAGAUACAAAAGGCACUUCAAGUUACAGACUAGACCAGGACUUAACAAAGCACAGCUUGUUGAAAUAAUUGGAUGUCAUUUUCGGACUAUUCCAGUGAAUGAAAAGGACACCUUAACCUAUUUUAUCUACUCUGUGAAGAACGACAAGAACAAAUCUGAUCUAAAAAUGGAUAGUGCUGUCCACUAAAUAAGCACACUUGAGACUUGCAGACUUAAAGACUGUUUUGGAUGUACUGAAGCUUUCUUUAUAACUGGUAUUGAGAGAGGAAAUCCUAAUGUUAUUUUUCAUUGCUGCCGGGUUGGGGUGGAGGAUUGCUCCAAAAUGAUAUUUCCAUGGUAAAAGAUAUUUUAAAUAAAUACUAUUGAUGUUUCUGUGCCUGCA